ACCUCUUCCAACUGUGUCGUUGCAACCCCGUCGCAAUCCUCCAUUCUCUCUCCACUCGGGUUCGCCUUGAUAGCUCUGAGCGAACUGAUUAUCUUACCGUAUAGCCGCAGCAAUGUCAGACCCGUUACUUUUCGAAGACACUUUCACCAUCACUGGGGUCAACCAGCAGAAAUAUGAUCGCGUUUCUCGCCUGACCUGCACGUCUACUGAUCACACCACUACUUUCACUCUUGAUGUCAACACUGAGCUGUAUCCUUGUACGACUGGAGAGUCGGUGUCCAUGGCUCUCGCCUCGACGCUUUCCCUGGACGGCAAGGAGGAUACUGGUUCGAAGGGCUGGAGAGAGGUUGGCAUGGGCGAACAGACCUUGGCGAAUGACUACGACUAUGUUUGCCAUGGAAAGGUUUACCGUUUCGAAGAGGGAUCUACCCAAGGUAACAUGGCGGUCUUCAUCUCCUUUGGCGGACUCUUGCUUUAUCUCGAGGGACCUUACAAGAAGCUGGCGCCUCUGAGGAUCGACUACGUGUACCUACUUCUGAAGAAAUGAAGGAAACGAAGAAAGAUAUCAUCCCAUCAACUCUUGGUAUCCAAAAAAUUAUGGGUGUCUGUGUCCGGGAUCGGCUGUCGCGGACUGACAGAAAAGUUUGCAUUACUUGGGA